AUGCAACAGCAACGCCUUGGAGCUAGCGCCAAUGGUGUACUGUUCCUCACGGUUUCUGGACACGAAGCAGUCAACAGCACAACUGACACGAGUACUUUGCAAGCGGCGUCAAUGACAGUGAGGCACUUGUCUUUGCAAGGGCACGUUGAAGCAGAGAUACUUCAGUGGAUUGUCAACAAUGGCAACUGGACCUCGUGCACGACGGUGCGCAUCACUGGUGUGCAGUUCCCAGCGUUUCAUUUGAGCGUGCUCAACGAUUUUCCCAUCCUGGAUGAGGUGGCUGUUCAAGACAACACACUACUCCAGGAAGUUGACAAAGAGGGGUUCAAACAUGCAGCACAGCUGUUUGCGCUUCGUUUGCGAAACAACUCCCUUGCAUCAGUUCCAAAGCAUCAGCAAGGCAACAUUCCCACUGGCGCGUUUCAUUCACUGAAGCACUUGACAUGGCUGGAGCUGGGCGCAAACCCGAUUCGGCAGCUAGACGCACACGUGUUUGCUGGCCUAACGCAGCUGCACACAUUGCAUGUGGGUGGCACCCUCCUGACCUCCCUGCCACCCACCAUCUUUCAGACAAACCGCCGAUUGAAUGACGUCGUUCUCGAAGGGAACCUCCUCACGUCCCUCCCAGACUUUAUCUUUGCUGGGCUAACUUCUCUACGCCACCUGUCCUUAAACAACAACCACCUGACAUCACUGCAGCCAACUCUGUUUCGAGAUUUAGUCUCCCUGAGCGACUUGAGCCUGAGAGACAACCAAUUGACAGCAUUGCCUGACCGGCUCCUUGAUUCAUGCUACCGCUUAAAAUGGCUGUUCUGUCACAACAACCGCCUCAGUGUGCUAGCCCCCGACCUAUUCGCGCACACGCCCAACUUGCGGGAGGUCACUUUCGAAAACAAUCGCCUUCGUCACGUUGACGGGCUGUUUGACACAGAGUUUCCACGCCUCGAGCGCAUUGACAUGGCGGCGAACAAGCUGACCCGGUUUCUCAUUCCCAACCCAUGGCCUUCCCUGCACACCCUCGUCCUGGGCGACAAUCCCAUGCAAUACAUGCCAGACAUGACGAAAGCGCCUGCACUUCGUGUGCUGCGCAUGCAGAACCACGAUGUCAAAAGGAUCGAUCUCACACCGCUUCUGACUCUUCCAAAUCUGACAACUGUCGAGCUGGACGCAGCGCAUGAUGACGACAAAACGAGCAGAGCAGUGUUCGAGGCCACCAACUUGACACCUUCUCCACACCUGCGCACCCUCAGCUUGCAACACGUGGACGUGAGUGAGGUGCUUGGCUACCUGCUGCAACUGCCACUUCAGCUUCGAGUGAUUGGACUGGGAUGGCCCGGCGUCGACAACCGCACUUUGCCAUUGGAAAUGGUAUGCAAUGUACUGGCAGACGAGGUGGACGUGUUUCGCCUCGUCAACACACGGCACACGAGGUUGCAUCUCUGUACGAACAAAACCUUCCAAACUGUUCAGAUCCAACGCAACAAGCACCUCAAGUUGGUCAUCGUCCCCAGCGCGCUGAGAGAGCUGAACGCGUCCGAUUGCACGCAGUUAACUCAGAUUGACGCGCCGUUCAUCGAUGUGUUGGACAUCAGCAACACACGCAUUCAGCCCAGCACUGCCUUGUGCACGCGGUGGGGCCGCCGUGUUUUCUUUGCGCGGAACCUGAGGGCCGAGAGCAACUUCAACUCGGUGUCUGCUCCGGCUACCAUUUCCACAUGCCUGUUUCUCCUUGAUGUGGUUGAUCUCUCGGGGAACAAGUGGCUGCAUGACCCAGCCGAAGUCAACCGAAUCGUGGGACACGAGAUCGCCCUAUCCGAAUCAAAUCUCCGCCGCAACGGACGAGUUUUUCCUCGCAGGCCUCGAGCGCCAGUGCUACAACUGCAAGACGCUCCCAUCGAUUGCGCGCUUCACCUCUCGAGCGGAGACUUUGAUCUUUUCGAUAACACGAUCCCUGGGCUAGUUGGUUCAGUCACUGAGAUUGUGUACUCCUUUCAUUGCCAGUGCUCACAAGGGCAUGAGAUGCGACGCGGGCGGUGCGAACCAAUUGAGCUCGACAUUGUGCCGGCUGUGCUGGGGACGAUCGCUGGCGUGCUUGCACUGCAAGCGUUGCUGUUCCUCGGGUACCGCACGUACAAGAGGCAAAGGCGUUUACAAGCAGACAACGCGCUUAAGGACCAAUUGCUGGUGGAGAUGGACGAAGAGGUGAUGGCGCUGAAGAAAGCGUGGGAGAUUGGAUACGAUGAGCUGAAAAUGAUUAAGCGGGUGGCUGCGGGUGCAUUUGGCGUGGUGUUCAUGGCAGAGUGGGACACGGUGACGGUGGCCGUCAAGGUGCUGCAGCAAGCCGUCAUGGCAUUUGGUGAGAGCACGGUGUUGGAAUUUGAGAAGGAGGUGGAGUUCCUGCAGCGGACACGGCAUCCGCACGUGGUGCGGUUCUUUGGUGCGGGGACAGAUCCCAACGGCAGCCCGUUCCUGGUGCUGGAGUUUGUUGCUCUGGGGUCCCUUAAAGAUUUGUUGGAGAAGGACGUGGAGCAAGUGUUAACGGAGGUGGAGCAAGGGAAGCAAAGCGGGGAAAACAGUGUGGAGGAGGGUGUGACAGCAUCAGAGAUCGUGGGUGAGGAAUUGACGUUGGUGAGCACAGGAAUCGACAGAAGCGUUGAGACGAUGACUGUGUGGGAGUUGAAACUGCGCCUGCUUCGCGACGUCGCCAGUGGUAUGGCCUUUAUCCACAGCCUCGACCAGAUGCACCGGGACUUGAAGAGCGGCAACGUGCUGGUAUCAUCGUCGCUGCGUGCCAAGAUUACGGACUUUGGGUCCAUUCGCCAGUGCUUCACGCGUGACAGAAAUCAGCAGCAAAGGACACGCCUGUCCUCAAGCCAUGAUGAUGAUGAUCCGCAGUACAGCCAGCAGGCUGUACUGCAAACGAUGACGAGCAUGACGCUGACGGCUGGGGUGGGGACGCCACUGUACAUGGCACCAGAGGCACUGACGGGCGACAAGUACAGCUUCGAGGCAGACGUGUUCAGCUUUGGCGUGCUGAUGUGGGAGGUGGCGACACAGCGACCACCUGAUCUGAUCGAGCAGGAGAAGGGGAGUGGGUAUCGAGGCCCGAUCCUCGCCACCAUCAGCAACCUGAUGGCAGAUGGAAAGCGGCUCAAGUUUGAAGACAGCGAACAACAUGCCAUCCCCGAGUGGCUCCAGUCGCUGACGUACAAAUGCAUGGCGCAGAGCCCGCGUGAACGACCAUCGUUUGGAGAACUCAAGGACCACCACUUUGCUUGA